CGUGACGCGGCGCCGGACAGAAAUCCUACGGGGCAGGGGCACCGGCGAGUGUGAGUUGCAGUUAAAGGAAGAUGGACACACACAGUUCAGCCAAAGUCAAUGCAAGAAAGAGGAGGAAAGAGGCACCUGGACCCAAUGGGGCAACACAGGAAGAUGGAAUUCCUUCAAAAGUGCCACGCUCUGCAGUAGGCUUACGGCAGCCAGCUCCUUUUUCUGAUGAAAUUAAAGUUGACUCUAGUAAGCCUUAUGUCAGGGUAACUAUGGAAGAAGCCUGCAGAGGAACUCCUUAUGACCGGCCUGUGAGAGUUUAUGCAGAUGGAAUAUUUGACUUAUUUCACUCUGGUCAUGCCCGGGCUCUGAUGCAAGCAAAGAACCUUUUCCCUAAUACAUAUCUCAUUGUGGGAGUCUGCAGUGAUGAGCUGACGCACAACUUCAAAGGCUUCACGGUGAUGAAUGAAAAUGAGCGCUACGAUGCAGUGCAGCAUUGCCGCUAUGUGGAUGAAGUGGUGAGGAAUGCCCCCUGGACCCUGACACCCGAGUUCCUGGCAGAACACCGGAUUGAUUUUGUAGCCCAUGAUGACAUCCCUUAUUCUUCUGCUGGGAGUGAUGAUGUUUAUAAGCACAUCAAGGAAGCAGGCAUGUUUGCUCCAACACAGAGGACAGAAGGUAUCUCCACAUCAGACAUCAUCACCCGAAUUGUCCGGGACUAUGAUGUGUAUGCGAGACGAAACCUACAGAGAGGCUACACAGCUAAGGAGCUCAAUGUCAGCUUUAUCAAUGAGAAGAAAUACCAUUUGCAGGAGCGGGUUGACAAAGUAAAGAAGAAAGUGAAAGACGUGGAAGAAAGGUCAAAAGAAUUUGUUCAGAAGAAACAUAUGCUGAAAGAAGGAAAAGGCCGGAUGCUGCAGGCCAUCAGUCCAAAGCAGAGUCCCAGCAGCAGCCCUACUCGUGAACGUUCCCCUUCCCCUUUUCGAUGGCCCUUCUCUGGCAAGACUUCCCCACCUUCCUCUCCAGCAAACCUCUCCAGGCACAAGGCUGCAGCCUAUGAUAUCAGUGAGGAUGAAGAGGACUAAUUUGCCAUUCCUCCUUCCCUUUCCCCUUCCUCUGGCCUAUCACUUUCAGAGGCUCUCUGUUGAAUUCCAAAUUGUGAUCCCAACACUAAACCCAAGGACAACUACAAAGGAGAGUUUUGGGGCAAGAGGAUCUGGGAUGGGGGAACCAAACAGCCCAUCCUCCAAGAGGUAUCAAUCGCCCACACCAAGGAGGAGGCUGACUAUACCUUAGAAGCCUGUUCUGCAUCCCUCUACCCUCUCCAAGGACUUUGCUUUACUGUUUGUAUUCAUGUGAUCUUGACAGGGAAAUUGUCAUUUUUAUUAAUUUAAAGAAAAUUAGUCUUUCAAAUGGAGUAAGUAGAACUAAUAUUUUGCCCCUGAAGAGUGGGCAGAAGAAGGAAGUGGUGUAUCUACCCAGAGGCCUUUUCUUCACACUAUAGUGUUUGCCUUCUGUUCUGAAGCAAACUGACUUGCCAAGUCCUUUAAGCAAUGGGCCAUGUUGAUGGGUGAUUUGGGGGCCAUGGUUGGGAAGGGGGUUAUCGUAAUUUUGAUUUCCUUUAAAAAAAGCUAAAAGCUGAAUAAUUCAGUCAGACACACCCUAAAUGUAUUGCUGGCACAUGUGCCAAUGUGGGAAGAAGGAGCUCUGAGCCUAACUUUUCUUACUCCUUGAGGAGUUUCUUGCUGGACCCAGUGGGAUCCAUGAAAACACUGAUGGGGAUGGCACCAGACCACAUGGCAUCAUCUGUAGUCUUUCUGCCAUGCUCUUCUCAGAAAACUCUUACCCAGUUAUUUGAGAGCCCUUGGCAAUCUCUUUACUACAGUGUACCUUUAAAAAAAAGGAGUACUUUGGGGGUUGCUAUGAUUGAGGAAGGAGGACUAUACUCAGUCCAAUACAAACUCAGUUUAGAUUAAUUUCCUGCUGGGAGUAAGUCCCUGGCCCUAUUACCCUAAUUUCAAUGAUAUUACCUAGCUUUUUACAAAGAAUACUUUACAGAUGUCUGCAGUUUGAACAUGGUCUGUUAAUUCAUGUUGCUCAGAGCCAUAUUAAGUAUUUAGAGAGGUUUGCACAGAACAUAGAGGCAACAGCAUAAGGAAACCCCUCCCUUUCUAAAGCAACAGCCUUAUCUUGACCUCUUCCCCUCUUAAGAAUGCUCUUAACUGGAGCCAGUGCUCCACAGAGUGUUUCUUUCCCUUUGAGAUCUGCAGCUGGAAGGGACUUCCUCCCCUGCCCCUCAGCAGGCCACAAAGCAUGGGUUCACAUUGUAGAAGUAGGUAGCUUCACUUCCUGGCAUUUGCUCCCAUGUGCCUGGUGGUUAUGGUCCCACCACUCCUGUUAGGUUGCUCAGGGGGACUCACCACUUAAACUGUACAUCAAAGAAUGCUGACACUUCACACUGUGCUGCUGAGCAUGAGCUGAUUUUUAAACCUGCAGCAUCCUGUCUCCUCAGCUACAUGACCUAGCAGAUCAACCACCAGUAAUCGUGUAGCUGGAUUCAGGAGAAAAUUGCCUAUUCCAGGCCCCACCCCCUGUUACUCAUAAACACCCCUUCUUAGGGUGGAGUUUUAGUGUUUUCAGCCAAGAAACCCACAUUUCAUAUUUUUCUUGUCCCUCUGCUAAUGCUGUGAUCCUCCCACAGUCCCUUCCUUGAACACUUUCUGGUGAAACUGGCUCUUCUGCCUGAGAGUCAGAGGCUGGAAUCAUUGCCUGCCUGCACAGCAGAACUACCUAGGUUCUUAAAACCCAGAUCACCCAGAGAGGCAGAGCAUGGCAAAG